GAGGGGACACUGAUAGGAAGCUUUCCAAAUGUUGUACAGGUCCGACUAGCUGAGCAUGGCUUCAGUCAGGCACACGCCGUCAACACAGGAUAGGUUUACAGCGACAGAGUUAACACAGCUUUGAUGUCCUGUAUUCUGCUGUGCUAUGAAGUGAGGACGUUGAGCGUGAAACAGGAGGACUUGUACGACUUCCUAUAAUGUGAUGGAUCUCUAUCAAAAGCGAAAUGGAACAACCCAGGGACAAGAUGCAAGCGUCGUUGACCUACCAAUGUCUCUCACUGAGGAUGUAGCCCGAAUGCACUUUUAUGAAGUCUUUCCUGAAGAUGAUGAGACUCACCUGUAUGAGUCCACCUUGACUGGGACCAUACCCCAACCCAACCCCCCAGGCAUCCGGGGUGAUGGAGGAGGAGGACCUGGGGAUACAGAGCACCAAAGCCCAAAUGGGCUUCCCCCAGUGCGUCACCCUCUCCCUUUAUCCAGAACCAGGUUUCCUAGUGCAUGCUUACCAUGUAGACAAGGCCAAGCACCCCCUCCUGUCCCUCCCAGGACACAAAUACCCCUCCGCAACAUCAAUAGACAUCUUUCCUGUGACCUCCCUGAGCCCGCUCACAAACUUAAUCGUUCCAAGACAGAAAUAGACACUUAUGACCCGUGGACCAUCGCACUAACAGACACUCCACAAGGCAGCACCAAGAGGCCGGCUUCUUUUUGUGCAGCAACUUCCAAGCUAAUAUCACGGUACAGGCACACAGACAGCGUUUAUAACUCAGGUGUGGUAUGGAGUCGAGUGUUACAAAUCCACCCUGCGCUGCUGCAGCAGGUGGAGGUGACUGUCAGCGUGGCCACGGAGUGGGACAAUCUCCAGAUCCCCUUCUCCACCACAGUGAACAGGACAGUGAAGAGUCUAAUCGAUGAAAUCUUCCAGCUGCUGGACCGACCUCCCAGCACAAGUGGGCAACAUUAUUUGAAAUUGUGCGACUCUGAUGAGUAUCUCCAAAAUGAAGAGCUGCUGGGUAUGCACGAGACUAUUCAGAUCUACUACAAGUUUAAACUAGUAGUCCCGGUCCGGCUGCUCCACGUGAACAACCUCAAACAUCGUCUGGGCAGAGAUGGGGAGGACGACCGAGCCACAUGCCAGCUAUACCAGUUCCUGCGUCCUGUCUGUGUUUUCAACACCUGCAAGUUGAGCCUGCAGAAUGUGCUCACUAGUUACAACAUAGAGGUGACAGAGCUGAUGAGAAAUAAGUCUGGGACAAACGUUGAAGUGCUUGUUGGCCGUGUUCGUACCAUCAGCAAUCUUCUGUGUGGGCUGUCGUGUAAGGAGCUGGAGGACACCAUUGGCAGGCUAAACAGAAUCAAUCCCAUACCUCUGAGUCAUGACGAGAUGUCUGAAUGUGAAACUGCCAUGCUCAUGCUCCACAGUGCGCUGCAGAAAGUGCUGCAGAUCUUUUUUGACAACUUCCAGUCAGACUUCAGAAGUCAGGAGCUACCCAGAAACCUGCAAAUACUUGAUGUUGAUGACAACCGUGAAAUCCUCCAAUUCAAAGUUUCCGCUCUGUACCAACUACAACCCACCUGGAUGAACAAUUAUGAGUGCUUCUCUGUUUCCUGUGAGUUGACAUACGGAGGAAUGAAGCUCAGUGACACAGGAAUUUCUGAAAAUAUCAGCACCGCCUUGUCAUACGGAAACAAGAUCCAGUGUAACCGCAUGAUGGUGUUCCCUGUUCCAGUAAAUCAGCUGCCAUAUGAGUGCAUGUUGACAUUUUGCCUCAAGGGCUCCAAGCGAGGAAAGGGCCUUGAGCUUUUAGGCUGGGCUGUACUACCUCUUUACAGCGACAGGACUCUGGUAAUGGGCACCGUUCUGCUCAGUAUGUCUACGCUGGCCGAGCUGCCUGCUCCUCCCUCCCCUGCCCUGUUUGACAGCCACAGACAAGCUGUCGGGGUAAUACUGCAGCUGGAAUUUCAAGAUAAUUUUGAGUGGAAGUAUCAGAGGCCCAUCGCCCUCCCCGGUUCAAUCAUAUUUACUCAGCCAUGUGAGGAAUUGCAAAAGAAAAUGUUGGAAGUCUCUAAGAAGCACUGUCUCUGCUUUCUAACUAAAAAUGAGAAGGCUUUCCUCUGGAGUAAGCGUCACUGCAGUGACAAAGGUUGCACGUUCCUCCACCUGCUGCUGGGUGGAGCCCCCCAGUGGCAGCCUGAGAACUUGACAGAAAUCUAUACUGUUGUAGAGAACUGGCCAAUCCAUCUACCUGAGGAGGCCCUCUUCCUGCUCAGUGACAGUUUUCAUGAUCAGACUGUGCGGAGGGCUGCGGUUCAUUAUUUUGAACAGAUACCAGAUGGCGAGCUGGAGGUUUUUCUGCCACAGUUGGUUCAGGCUCUGAAGAGUGAGUGGGAGUUGGAUGGACCGCUGGUGAUGCUGCUGUUGGAGAGAUCACUGAAGAGCAUACGGAUGGCUCAGCAACUCUACUGGCUGCUAGAGGAUGCUCACACUGACCCUUACUACCAGAGCUGGUUCAGUAAAGUUCAGGCUGCCCUGCGCCACUGUUGUGGCCGGGCACUGAGGCAGGAGCUGGAGCAUGAAACCCGCCUGGUGUCUGUGCUUGUGCAAGUGGCUGAGAAGGUUUGCACUGCCGAUAAGGCUCGACGUAAGACUGUUUUGAACAAAGAAAAGGGGAAGAUUGAUGAGUUCUUCAGAGAUGGGAUCAGCUGCUGUCUGCCACUGGAUCCUGCAGUCCGUGUGAAGGCAGUGGACGUGGAUGCGUGUAAGUUCCACAACUCCAAUGCUGCCCCUCUGGGGAUCUCAUUUAUCUGCUCUGACCCCCUGGCCAAGAACAUUAGUGUCAUAUGCAAGACAGGAGAUAACCUGCGUCAGGACAUGCUGGUACUUCAGAUAGUCCGUGUGAUGGACAGGGUGUGGCUCCAGCGCGGGCUGGACCUGCGAAUGAUCACCUACAGGUGUCUUUCUACAGGGCGAGCUCAGGGCCUGGUGGAAGUGGUUCCAGAGGCAGUGACCCUGGGCGAGAUUCAUCAGGAGUGGGGUCUGGGUGGCACCCUUCGAGAAGACACAUUAGAGAAAUGGUUCCACAUGUGGAACAAAACUAAGGAGGACUAUGAGAAGGCUGUUAUGAACUUCAUCCACUCGUGUGCAGGGUGGUGUGUGGCCACCUUCAUCCUGGGGAUCUGCGACCGCCACAAUGACAACAUCAUGUUGAGACACAGUGGACACAUGUUUCACAUUGACUUUGGCAAGAUUAUGGGCAAUGCACAGAAGUUCGGAAGCUUUAAAAGGGAUCGAUCUCCGUUCGUCUUUACAUCCGAGAUGCAGCACUUCAUCACAGGCGGGGGGCAGAAGCCUCAGCGCUUGCAUCGCUUCGUAGAGCUCUGCUGUGAAGCCUACAACCUAAUCAGAGAGCGCUCUGCAUUGAUACUCAGCUUGUUGGAGCUGAUGCUAAGUGCAAGAAUGCCAGAACUGAAGGACGCUAAUGACCUGCUGUAUGUCCAGAGAAACCUCAGACCUCAUGACACAGACCUGGAGGCCACAUCCUACUUUACAAAGAAGAUCAAGGAAAGCAUGGGCUGUGUUGCAGUCAAGUUUAACUUCCUGACACACAGCAUGGCCCAAGGGAAGAAACAAGAACCACGAAUCCGGGAAAGCAUCCCCGCUCCCAGCACCAACAUCCAAGAAGCCGUCAUCCAGGGAUACACCGUCAGGGGAAAAGAUGUGAUCUAUGACCUGAGAGUAACCAUUCAUGAUGGUUUUCUGAACAGUGAGAAGACAUUUGGGCAGUUUGAGCUGAUCCAUAAGCAGCUUCAGAAAUACUUCAUUGAAACUAUGCUGCCUCAGUUUCCUCGGUGGUUUAAGAUAUCCUUCACCCCGAGCAGGAAGAUGUCUCUGCUGAAUAAAUAUCUGAAAGAACUUUUUGAGGGACCAUGCAAGGGAAAUGAAUAUGUGUGCAGCUUGUUCCUGGAUGGCCCCAGCACAGUCCAAGAAAGUGUGAUGACAGGGGCCCGUCCUCAGAUCCAGCUCAACAUUUCUUACUCUGACUGUAAGCUCUCAGUCUUGGUAAAACACCUGAAGAACAUUAAGCAAGCAAACGGCUCUAACCCUGACGCCUACGUGGUCAUGCGUUUGAGACCGGACCCUAAGCAGCGAUACAAGAAGAAGACAAAGAUGGUCCGCAAUAAUGACAAUCCAACCUUCAAUGAACUGCUGGAGUACAAUUAUGUCCCACUACUGUAUGGGAUGGUGCUGGAAGUGACAGUGAAGAGCAAGAAGACUUUCGUGGCUGCAACCAACAUUAGACUGGUGGAGGAGUUGCUUGACAAGGAGUCCUGGUUUCCCCUCGGCAACUGUGCAGUCUGACCUCAGAGAGCGGCACUGUCGGCUUGCUGCCAGCAGGGGGUACAAUCACACUGAGGGAAAGAAUCAAUCUAAAGAUUUCUCAGACUGAAUGAAUGAGACAAACUCAUCUGAGCAGAGGAACUGAGCAGAGGUACUGUGCACUGUAACUUAACCUCACUCCAGAGCUGUGAGUGGAUGGGGUAUUUGGAUAACGUUACAAGACUGAGUUAAAGACUCAGGGAAGGAGACAGUUUACUGUGUGAGGCAUUAUUUACCCUCUGUGUUUAUUUUCAAAUGUUAAUCAAAUGAAGGACAUUAGCUAAUUAGUCAGCUUUUUGCAUGUGGCCUUGAUAACGGAUUAGGGGAAGAAACCACUUUUAUUAUCACCCUUGCACUUUGUUUUUGUUUUUGUAAUUUUUUGUUUUAACUCAAACAGUCCUUGUAAGUGUGUGUGGUUGACACUGUUGAUGUGACAGAUUUAAAGAAGAUGUGAUGUAGUGCUGUUAGGGGCUGUCUGUCUGAUACCUGCUCAGAAUGAGUGUGUUUGUGCCUUUGGGCUGUGUCAACUGGAUGUCCUUGACCAGUGGAAUUGGAGGCGGGAGGCAGGAGGGUGAGAGAGAGAGAGAGAGGGGGGUGAGGAGAGUGUGUGAGCAGGAUGACAACUCUGGCCUGAGAGGCUGAGUUAACACUCUCCUUCUCACUCCAUCCUUUGUCUUAUCCAUCAAUGGCCGAUCACAGUUAUGCAUAUGCAAACACGCCAAGGCAGACACUCUUAGGCUCACAUAAAUACCCCUGAAAAAGCACACACGAGCAGCCUGACAGGGCUGCUGACCCAUACUUAUUUAAAGGAUUUAGUGAUGAACAUGGAUAGAAAUAGCCUUCAAUGCACUGGAUUUGGUUCAAUAAUGUAUACCUCUGUGAAUGCUAUUUAUAUUAUUCUCUGCUGGGUCUCUCACAGGGAAGAAGGCUUGGAAGAAAAUGCUGGCUGCUACUUUUUCAUAGUAGUGCUUAUGGAAUGAUGUCUCCUGGCAUCACUCAUCCGUUUUAGACCUAAUAGAAUAAUUACAUCUGUUGUUUUGGAAUAUGAUUAAUCCAAAAACAUUACUGCACCUCGUGGGUCUUCUUAUGUGUGAUCAACUCUUGCACAAUAAUUGCACUUGCAUCAAUUAAUAAUUCUAUGAUAUGACUCUAAUAUCCUACUCCAGGGAUUUCUCCACUACUUGAGUGAUGCCAGCAGAGUGUCUUUUCAGCCUUGCUGAAGCCUUCUGUUUUGUUUUUUUCUCUCCUCUGCAGGAGAGAAAAAGGCACGUCUAUUUUCUGACAAUAAAACUGGUAUUUAUAU